ACGGUGUUUAUGUUUUCACUUUACUCAGUUCCGGGUAAAGCUCACCAAGCUAACCGACCCGAGCAGGACGCUAACGUGGCUAACUAACGUGGCUAACUGACGUGUUGUCACCGAGCUCGGCUGCUCUCUGUCGGACACGGAGUGAUGAGCUACCCGGUGAACCUCCAGACUCUGCCGGCUGCGGUGUUUGAAGACGUGUUUACCCCGGAGAAUGUGAGAGGAAGAAACUCCACAAACCCUCUGAUGCUGCUGAGUUUCCCCAAAUCCCGAUCAUCUCUGUGGGACGGCCCCGCAGGAGACAUGCUCCGCCUCCAGCUGUGCUCUCAUAGGAAGCCUCGUGUGGUGCUGUUGGAGAAAGCUUUGCGACUGGCUCAGCGCCACGUCCGUCACAGUAACAAGCCCUGCCUCCACUGUUUCUUCUUGGGAUCAGUGUGUGUGGACUCAGAUGAGGAGGGGGUCACUGUGAAUCUGGACCGCUUCGAUCCCGGUCGGGACCAGGUUGGAUCAUCAGCCAGGGUCCCCACUGCUCUGCUUCCUGGAGACAUCCUUGUUCCUUGUUUAUUUUCCACUCAGACUGAGACGUCACCUGUCACCGUUAUCCAAUCAGAGGCUGAGAUUCAUCACAGCUUCAAGGCUCUGCAGCAGUUUGUGAGCAGCAGACAGACUCUGGAUUUGUCUCAGCUGAUAAAGGUCAGAGGUCGUGUGGUCUGCUGUCAGCAGUCUGACGCUAUGGCGUUCAGUCUCAGCUGGUCGGCCAUCUGUCCAUCCGUCAGAGUGGAAGUCCAGCCGGUCCGAGCCAUUCCCAUCAUCCCCACUGCUCUGCUGAGGAGUCUGAUUGGUGUUGGACGAACGCUGCAGCACUCCACCAACUGCCAGAGAGGGUUUCUGACCAUGGAUCAAACCAGGAAGCUGCUGCUUCUACUGGAGUCUGAUCCCAAAGCCGCCAACCUGCCGCUGGUCGGACUCUGGCUGAGUGGAGUCACACACAUCUAUAACCCUCAAGUGAUGUUGUGGUGUCUGAGGUUCCUGUUCAGCACCGCCCUGCAGGAAAGAGUUCUGUCAGAGAGUGGCUGUUUCCUGCUCGUUCUGUUCGCUACCACUCAUAGAGCUCCACAGUUCUUCCAGUGUCGAGGACCAGGACCUGGACUCCAGCUGGACUGUGAGUUACUCACCGCCUCCCAGUCUGUCACACUCUACCAGCAGAUUGCGUCGGUGGACGGUCAGUCUCUGCAGUGUGAGCUGUCUUCAGACGAUCACAGACAGACAGAGACGUUCAGAGUGGCUCAAAGCUCCUUCAACAGCGUCCCCCCAUCAGCUGCUGUUGUCACCGUCACUGAUCAGGACUCUGGAGUCGAAGACGAAGACCUUUCUCCACGACCGUCCCCAAGUCCUCAUGCCCCCGCUCAGCAGAGUCGUAGAGUUCAGCCGUCUGUCCCUGAACUCUCUCUGCUGAUUGACAGCAGCUUCACCUGGCAGGAUCCUGGCUCCACCCACAGAUCUCUUCCUCAUUCCUCGGCUGACAGGAAGUCUGCUACUCCGAAAGGAAGCACCCCUCCCUCUUCCUCCCAAGCUCCCAGACCUCCCCCUCUUCACCUCCAUAGCACCCCCAACUCUAACCUGCAGCCGCCCUCCACCUGCUACUCCCCUUACACCUGUAACUCCACCCCCAUACUCUCCUCCCCAGCUCCUCCUCCCCCCACAUUCAGAAACCAGCCGAUGACACCUCCUGCUCCCCCCUCCUCCACCCGAGGUCUUCUCCCCCCUCCCUUGCAUCACCCUUCGUCGCCUCCCUCCCCCCUCCUCCCCCCUGCCCCUCCUGGUCCCUGCAGUCAUCCUACUCAUGUCUCCUCCCCUCCCCCCUGCCUCCCCCAUCCCCCCUAUUUAAAUCACUGCAGUGAUCAGGUGGGCGGAGUUGUACCAUCAGACACCUACCAGGUCCUCCUCCACCAAGACCGACAGCUGCGCCUCCUGCAGGCUCAGGUUCAGAUGCUCCUGGAGGCUCAGAUGAAACAUCACGUCAACACUCAGGAGGCCAGGAGCAAGACCAGCGUCGCAGUGGGGACAGGUGCCAGUCUGUUCUGGGCGGACCCUGUCCAGCCCCUGCCCCAUCAGGAGACACAAGCCACACACCCCUCCUCCCCCACCUCUCCUUCCUCCCCCAGCCCCUCCUCCUGCAGACAUUCAUCAUCACAUGACCUUUCCGUCACUGCGACUUUGGGUGGUUCUGAGGCCUGUGACAUCACACAUCAGGUGUCUACCUGCUCCCCUACCGGUCAACACAGUCGUCUGCAGAGUCCAGUGGGCGUCAGUGUGAACAUGUGCAGAGACGAGCAGCAGAGCUUCUACAAAAACCUGAUGACUCAGCUGACCAGUCGUCUGCAGGAGUCGGACGAUGGACAGGAAGUGGAGUCCAGGAGGAGGAGUGAGUCUCUAGUCUCCUCCCUGUACAGUAGGAGGCAGCGGAGUUCAGACCCCGUAGUUAGCGCCACUCUGCGGCAGCUGCAGCAGCUCGGAGUGAAUGUAGACAAAGAAGAUCUGAUGGAGUCUGACAGGAACAGAGUGCGAGAUGUGGAGAGUGUCAGCACUCUGGCGAGCAUCAACCCAGCAGCAGUCGUGUCCAGACUCAGCGUGUCUGAUCUGAGUGUCAGCUCUCUGUGUCCAGGCGGCAGCGUGGAUCUGAGUCUGGAGGCCAACGCCAUCGCUCUGCGUUACCUGAGCGACUCUCAGCUCAGCAGGUUGUCUCUUGGAGGCCACGCCCCUUGUCCAGUCCCAGCCUCCUCCACUGACUCCCUGCUGUCGCCUAGCAACAUGUCUUUGGGAUCCAGGCAGUACAUGAGGAAGUACGGCCUGAUUGAGGAGGACGAGGAAGAGCAGGAGGAAGUCAAAGUUCAGGAGGCGCCGACUCGACAGCCACUGACCGAAGCUCUGAACGCGAAGCCCCUCCCCCAGAGCCAGCUAAUCAGAGACCUGCUGCCGAAGAUGCAGUUGUUGGCCCGAAACGCCACGCCCAACAGAGCAGACAAGGAGAACUGCUCCAGCAAGUGUCCAUCUUUAAUGAGGGCGAGCAUGCGCCAGACGGAGGGAUCAGUGGGAAAUAUCCUUGACCUGAGUCGUCUGAGACAGCUGCCCAAACUCUUCUAACGCGGCGCCACGGAAACGCUCUCGUUUAAACUGGAGUCUGGCUUGUGGUGCAUUCGGAGUCAGACUGGUUUUAAUGGAUAACUGAGUCUUCAGCAGCAAAUCAGACAAAAUGUCUUUUUAUGGUUUAACUGGAAAUCUGCCUUGUGUGUGUGUUUGUAUCAUUUUUAUGUCAAUGUUUGUGCACUUUUGUUUUUGUUGAUUCC